AUGGAUCGUGCUCCUGCUCAGGACAAGGAGAGUCAAAAACGUCGUAAAAAGAGUCAAGAACGGACAGAAAGUCAAGUAAAUACCAUGGAAGACGAAGAACUGGAGCUUUUUCACGUUGUACAGGAAGAUUUACGCUUAAAAUCAACCGUUGGAUGGCAAAAUGCUGUUAAAGUCUUGAAUUCAGCCUAUCAGCAUUUAGAACGACCAGAGAGUCAAGCGUUUCUUGAUGAUGCGUUUGCAAAGAUUAUCAGUAUCAUGUUGGACCAGCAUGCAAGCAAGAUUGGAUCGUUUGAAAAGUCAUGUGUGACACAGUGUUUAUCACUAGCAAUCCCGUUAGUGGUUGCUCAGUUAAAAGCAGGCAAGUAUUUUCAAGCACUACCAGUAUUAACGAUGCUAUUUAGCAAGAAGAAAACGUUCUAUAAAGACUUGCGUACGUCGACAAUGAUUGGAAGUUACUGGAAUAAGGUACCAGGGUCUCCCGAAGUGCGUGCGCAAUGCAUUGAUGCCUUUUGUGAACUCAAGGGAUUUCACUUGCUACUGAGCACACUGGAGCUGCUGAUGCAGAACCAACAAGAGGGCAGCGAACUCGAAGCGGCCAUAGACAGCGAGGAUAUUCGUAUCCUGCUGCAAGCACUGUUGGAGUUUCGGACUUCGGUGCCAGAGAGCAUCUGCACGAAUAUUUCGGUGCUAGUCAUGACAUAUUUUACAAAGAUAUCGGAUUCUGUCCUAAAGAAAGAGUCGAGUGACGCAGUGGGGGCCGUGAUCGGUAUAAUUCGGAGGCUAGUGGAUGCAGGUAUCUUAUCAUCCGAAGCCAUUAAUGCUUUGUGGCUUGACAUCACGGAGAGAUAUGUGGAAUCGACUUCGUUACCUCUGCGGCUCUUUGGUUUAGAGCAAAUCAAUCAGAUUGUGAAUUGCGCUCGAGCAUCACGAGCUUUUCCUCCUCGGUAUUUUGUCCGAAAUGCUGGCACUGCUGCUAUUAACGGCGUGUACACGUUGAAGGCGAAUUCGACCUCGGCAACUUACGUAUUCCGACAGCAAGAAACGGGCCAAGUGUUUACGCUCUUUUGCUGCACCAUGAAAAGUGGUCUAAAGUGGUGGUUUAUCUCGGAGGCUGACAAAAUGCAGCCUGGAUCUGACCAAGACAUUGAUUAUUACCAGCACCAGUCACAGUACGAAGAGUAUUUGCCUCCUACGCACAACUGGAUCCCUACGGGAAAAGGAGAGGCUCCAGCUCCUGAGCUCGUAGCGGAAAGCGUUCAGGAAAAUGGCGAAGAGAAUCUUGCUCGACUUGACAAUGUAUUAAGUACUUGGGUUGUGGAAAAAAAAGAUUCUUGA